AUGUUUGCCCCCUUUUCUCUCUCUCUCUCUCUCUCUCUCUCUCUCUCUCUCUCUCUCUCUCUCUCUCUCUCUCUCUCUCUCUCUCUCUCUCUCUCUCUCUCUCUCUCUCUCUCUCUCUCUCUCUCUCUCUCUCUCUUCUUUUUCUUUCUCCCCAUGCUUUUUCUUUUGCACCCAGCGCACCUGAUCGCGUUGCCAUGCCCUCCAUACUCGCGCCACCCCAUGGUCACCAAGGCAAUCGACCAAAGUAGUUGGGCCCCCCUUCAGGCACCAGCCAUCCGAGAUCCCGACACGACGACCAUGCCAACUGAGCCCCAGCUUCCGCCCGGCCUCCUGUACCUGGAGGACGCCAUUGACGCCGCCACGGAGGACCAGUUGGUUGCUCUCCUCAAUGAAGACACCACGCCUUGGCAAGUGCUACGGCAACGCCAGGUGGCGCAAUGGGGUGUGGCGUAUGACUAUGAUGCCUUCACCGCCCACCCCAUCACGGCCAACAUGCCCGCACUGCUGCUGCAGCAGGCAGGUGAAAUGCAACGGCUAGCGCAGCAGCACGGCCUCGCCACUGCCCGCCCCAAUCAGCUAACUGCCAAUCGAUACCAACCAGGUGAUGGGAUUGCCGCGCACGUGGACAGCCCCGUUGCCUUUGGACCCAUCGUCUGGAUUCUAUCACUCGAAGGCGGCCUGGCCAUGGACUUUGCCCCGCUCACGCCAGCCGAGCCUGCCCCUGACCCAUCACGCACAGAGGGGGAGGGCGACUCCAAAGUUCCUGCCGCCUUUGGUCGCAAUGAGGGCAAGGCCCUCCAGGAUCGACACCGCGACCUCACGGCAACCCAGACCCUCUACCUGCGCCCGCGCUCUGUCCUCAUCCUUGCCGACGAGGCCCGCUACAACUGGAGCCAUCAGAUUGCGCCUCGAAAAACAGACCUCGUCCAGGGCAUCCGGCUACCCCGCCGUCAACGCACCUCCCUCACGUAUCGAUACGUACCACCCAAGGCGUCACCUUGA